AUGGAUCGCUUGUUGAUCUUGGCUAUGAUCGCAGGGAUCGCUUGCGCUGCACUUAACAGGUGUGAUUUUCCACAGGGAUUUGUGUUUGGGACUGCUUCUGCUGCUUAUCAGUAUGAAGGAGCAGUGGCGGAAGGAGGACGUAGGCCAAGCAUUUGGGAUACAUUCUCACACACACCAGGAAAAAUCAUCGAUGGCAGUAAUGGAGACGUCACAGACGACCAGUAUCAUCUCUAUCAGGACGACGUACUAUUGAUGAAAAACAUGAGCAUGGACGCUUAUCGCUUCUCAAUUUCCUGGUCUCGAAUUCUUCCAGAUUUGAAAGCGUCAGCUGUGAAUCCCGAGGGCAUAGCUUAUUACAAUCGUCUCAUCGAUGCACUUCUAAAGCAAGGAAUACAACCGUAUGUUACAUUGUACCACUGGGAUUUGCCUCAAGCUCUCGAGGAUUUAGGUGGCUGGCUAAACUCUUCGACUAUUGACAAGUUCUCGGCCUACGCAGAGGCAUGCUUCAAUGCUUUUGGUGACCGAGUGAAGCACUGGAUCACUUUCAACGAGCCACACAAUUUCGUGGUAACUGGUUACGAUCUUGGAGUCGAGGCUCCUGGCAGAUGCUCCAUCCUGGGGUGUUUGCGGGGAAACUCCGCAACAGAACCUUACAUUGUCGCGCACAACGUCUUGCUGUCUCACGCAGCAGCAGUUGACGUCUACAGGAAAAAGUUCCAGUCCACACAGAAGGGGAAGAUCGGCAUAACUUUAGAUGCCAAAUGGUAUGAACCUAUAUCGAACUCCACCGAACACACUUCUGCCGCUCAGAGAGCUCUCGACUUUGAACUAGGCUGGUUUUUGGAUCCUAUUAUGUUUGGCGACUAUCCAAGCGUGAUGCGUGAGAACGUCGGGGAUCGUUUACCAAACUUCACGAAUGAGGAGCGGUCCAGAGUUCUACAUUCUAUGGAUUUCCUCGGCCUCAACCAUUAUACCACAAACUUCGCGUUGCCUAUACCCUUUAACUUGAGCAGGGUGGAUUACUACAUGGACGCCAGAGUUAUUGGAUCAGGCAAGUAGACUGUUGCUAAUUUUUCUUCCUAUACUUUUGCUUUACAGGGAUUUGGAAUGGAGUUGUUAUCGGCCCGAGCGGAGCAUCAUUUUGGCUCUACAUUGUUCCGUGGGGAAUCCGGAAGAUUGUAAACUACAUCAAGGAGCGAUACAACAAUCCAACAAUUAUAAU